CAUUAGAACCUGACGAAGAAAUGCAAUGGCAUGUUACUCAUAUUAAUAAAUGCAUAAAAAGUCUUAAGCAACUUAAUGAUUUUUAUGAAAGUUUAAGGAAAGUUAUCAAACAAGAAGGCAAGCGAUUUAAAAAAGAAAAAAAACAAGUUAUUGAAAAAAUUAAAACCAAAGCCCGAGAAAUUAAUUACAAAGAUAAAAUUGCAGAAAAAGAAAAGUUAAAAAAACAGGAGGAAGAAAAAAAUAAACAAAAACAACAAAAAACACAAGCAGAAGAAGCAAAAAGGAAAAACCAAGAAGAGGAAAUUAAACAAAAAGAACAAGAAUUUAAAAAACAAUUUGAAGAAGAACAAAAACAAGAACCUAACCGACCAACAACUUCCGAAAACAAAAAUAACAAACCACAAUUGAGUAAUAAUCAACCUCAAGAGAAAUUAAACACUAAAGAAUUAUCAUUAUCUCUUGAGAUAAUAAAUAAAUUCCCUCCUAACUUCAAUACUAAAGAAAAAAUAGAAGCCUUAAUUAAUCCAAUCAAAGAUAAUAUUGAGUUUUUGCACGAACUACAAACUAAACAUGAAGUUGAAGACUUAAGUGCUUUGCUUGCUACUAAAUCUGCUGAAAAAAUAAUUAAGAUUAUCAAACGUUUUGAAUAUGAUAAAGAUAAAGAUAAAAAAAUCAGAGAACAUUAUGGUUUAAAAGAAGCAGACAAAUUAACUGACAAACAGAUUGAUGAAUAUCUUUAUGAGCAAGCAGUUAAAGGGAAUGAAAAUAAUUCAAAUCAUUCUCAAUCAUAUUUUCCACAAAGUAAUAGUUCUUUUUGA